CCGCACGCAUUCUACGUAACGGCUGGCGGAGGUUACGUGAAGAGUGGUGCGGAGUGACUGAGCUACAUGGUCCGGCUGUGCCCUAGAGGCGUCGAGGGCAGUGAAACCGCAGUGACCCGGCAGGCGGUGGCCGGCCCGAGAGGCAGGCAGGGUAAGGCGGCAGCCGCAGGGGCGCUGGUCCGGGUUCUAGCCCUCCGUACAGGGGCAAUGAAAGCCUUCCAUGCUUUCUGUGUUGUCCUUUUGAUAUUUGGGAGUGCCUCUGAAGCCAAGUUUGAUGAUUUCGAGGAUGAGGAAGACAUCGUAGAGUAUGAUGAUAAUGACUUUGCUGAAUUUGAGGACGUCACAGAAGACUCUGUUACUGAAUCUCCUCAACGAGUGAUAACCACUGAAGAUGAUGAAGACGAGACUACUGUGGAGUUGGAAGGGCAGGAUGAAAACCAAGAAGGAGAUUUUGAAGAUGCAGAUACCCAGGAGGGAGAUACCGAGAGUGAACCAUAUGAUGAUGAAGAAUUUGAAGGUUAUGAAGACAAACCAGAUACUUCUUCUAGCAAAAAUAAAGACCCAAUAACAAUUGUCGAUGUUCCUGCACACCUCCAGAACAGUUGGGAGAGUUAUUAUCUAGAGAUUUUAAUGGUGACUGGUCUGCUUGCCUACAUCAUGAAUUAUAUCAUCGGGAAGAAUAAAAACAGUCGCCUUGCUCAGGCCUGGUUUAACACUCAUAGGGAGCUUUUGGAGAGCAACUUUACCUUAGUAGGGGAUGAUGGAACUAAUAAAGAAGCCACCAGCACAGGAAAGCUGAACCAGGAGAAUGAGCACAUUUACAACCUGUGGUGUUCUGGUCGAGUGUGCUGUGAGGGGAUGCUUAUCCAGCUGAGGUUCCUCAAGAGACAGGACUUAUUGAAUGUCCUGGCCCGGAUGAUGAGGCCAGUGAGUGAUCAAGUGCAAAUAAAAGUAACCAUGAAUGAUGAAGACAUGGAUACCUAUGUGUUUGCUGUUGGUACUCGGAAAGCCUUGGUACGACUACAGAAAGAGAUGCAGGAUCUGAGUGAGUUUUGUAGUGACAAACCUAAGUCUGGAGCGAAGUAUGGACUGCCUGACUCCUUGGCCAUCCUGUCAGAGAUGGGAGAAGUCACAGAGGGAAUGAUGGAUACAAAGAUGGUUCACUUUCUUACACACUAUGCUGACAAGAUUGAAUCUGUUCAUUUUUCAGACCAGUUCUCUGGUCCAAAAAUUAUGCAAGAGGAAGGUCAGCCUUUAAAGCUACCUGACACUAAGAGGACACUAUUGUUUACAUUUAAUGUGCCUGGCUCAGGUAACACUUACCCAAAGGAUAUGGAGGCUUUACUACCCCUGAUGAACAUGGUGAUUUAUUCUAUUGAUAAAGCCAAAAAGUUUCGACUCAACAGAGAAGGCAAACAAAAAGCAGACAAGAACCGAGCUCGAGUGGAGGAGAACUUCUUGAAGCUGACGCAUGUGCAGAGACAGGAAGCUGCCCAGUCUCGGCGUGAGGAGAAGAAAAGAGCAGAGAAGGAGCGAAUCAUGAAUGAGGAAGAUCCUGAGAAACAGCGCAGGCUGGAGGAAGCUGCCUUGAGGCGUGAGCAAAAGAAAUUGGAGAAGAAGCAAAUGAAAAUGAAACAAAUCAAAGUGAAAGCCAUGUAAAGUCAUCCAAGAGAUCUGAGUCCUUAUGCCACCUGUAAGCUCUGAAUUCACAGGAAACAAAAAAUACCAGUUCAUUUCUCAUUGUAAAGUUUCCCAGUGACUGAGAAAUCCUUAUUUCAUCAUGUGUUCUGUUUUUGGUUUGGAGUUUUACAAAGGUUGUAGAUACAUUGGAAGGACUCUGUUACAGUAAUUUUCUUCCAGAUAAUCAGAUUAUUUUGAUUAUUUUAUAAAAGGAAUAAUAUAUGAAAUCUGUGUAGUUUCAAAACAUUUUAAAAAUUAUAACAUGAAUAAGUACUUUUAGUGCUUGAUAUUUGAAGAAAUAUCAUGAAAUUUAUAGAUAUAUAAUUAGAUUGUUACUUUUUGUUUAAACUAGACAGUUGAAAUGGCUAUGAAGACUGACUCUAAACCAAGAUUCCACAGAUAACUAUUGGAAUUGCACAAUAAACAUUGCUUGGUGUUCUCUUCUUUGUCUACAUGAAACUUGUAAAAAAAUAAAAUUUAGAACACUAUAUGUGAUACUGAGAUUUCAGGGACUCAACAGUCUGGUUCAGUAUAUGUUUAUAGGUGGGAGGUGCUGAUGACAGUAUGAUAGGAUAUCUUUAGGCUUUAGGAUACUUACAUGUAUGUGGAAAAUUCUAGGGAUAGGUAGUACAGGAGCACGGUUUCCUCCUUACCUGAUACCAUGAGCUAAUGACAAUGUGAAUGCUGUAUUUUAAGUGGUUGUAUGUUUUCUUGAGUAACAAAUGCAUGAAAAAUUAACUGCUUCACCUAGAUGAGAUCAGUGGUCUAUGUGAAGUCACAAAAGUUUUCCUUCUUGGUCGCUGCAACCUGUGGGAUGUUCACGGAGAAGCUCUGUUCUCUGUGUUAUGGCCAUGUCCCUUUGCUUCUCCUUCUGCUUUUAUCUCUUCCACAGUUGAGGCUGGGUAUAUUCUUUCAAAGAAAUAGCCAUGAAUAUGCAUAAACAUACUUUUAAAAAUGAGCUUUCCUAGACUAUUGAGAGUUCCUUCUGCCUCUUGAGGAAGGAACUCUUGGGGGAGAGGCCCAUCUAUCUGCACGAGCAUUUAGCUUGUUCAGAUCUCUGCAUUUUAUAAAUGCUUCCUACUAAGAAAGCAUUUUUUAAGUCACUGCUUGUACCAGGUAAUUUUUGCUGGGG